UUGCUAAUCCAUCACGUCACCAUGUCUUUGUUCCUUAUAUUUUCAACCUUUCAACCCCAAUCCCUUAAUCUUUUAGCGCUUAAAUACUCACCUUCUAUACAUAUUACUCUCCCUUCGAUUCAGAUCUAAACCAACCACUCCGCUCGCCAUGGUGGAAGCAGGCGGCAAUGGCUCCUCGGCGCCGCCUCCGGCAACUCCCUACGAGAAGGCAUUGGCCGCUCUAUCCUCCUUGAUCACCAAACGCAGUCGUGCCGACAAGAGCAACAAGGGCGACCGCUUCGACCUCCUCUUCGACUAUCUCACAAUUCUGGAGUUGGAGGAGCCAAUUGCACAGAUGAAGAUUAUUCACGUUGCUGGCACCAAAGGCAAGGGAUCCACCUGCACCUUCACAGAGUCGAUAUUACGCCAUUGCGGUUUUCGCACUGGACUUUUCACGUCUCCUCAUCUCAUUGAUGUUCGAGAAAGAUUUCGGUUGGACGGUGUGGACAUCAAUGAAGAGAAAUUUUUAGCAUAUUUCUGGUGGUGUUUCGAGAGACUUGAGGAAAAAGCUACUGACGAUAUACCAAUGCCUACCUACUUUCGCUUCCUUGCCUUGCUUGCCUUCAAAAUAUUUGCAGAAGAACAGGUAGACGUUGCUAUCUUGGAGGUUGGGUUAGGCGGUAGGUUUGAUGCAACAAAUGUGGUUCAGGCACCUGUUGUCUGUGGUAUAUCUUCCCUCGGAUAUGACCACAUGGAGAUUCUUGGAAAUACUCUGGGAGCAAUUGCGGGGGAGAAGGCUGGAAUCUUCAAGUCUAGGGUUCCUGCCUUGACUGUGCCUCAACCUGAUGAAGCAAUGCAUGUACUGGAAGAGAAGGCUUCUCGGUUGGAUGUACCCCUUCAACUCGUACGACCGUUGGAUCCUAAUAUGCUGAAUGGCUUAAAACUUGGGCUUGAAGGCGAGCACCAGUAUGUUAAUGCUGGUCUUGCUAUUGCACUGUCCUCUACCUGGCUCCAGAGGACCGGUCACCUUGAAUACCCUGAACAUAGUACUUCUCUGCCGGAGCAAUACAUAAAAGGACUAACUGCUAAAGUCAGUUUACAAGGACGGGCUCAAAUAGUCCCUGAUCGCUUUAUUAACAGCGAAAGCCCUGAAGAUCUCGUGUUUUAUUUGGACGGUGCACAUAGCCCAGAAAGCAUGGAAAUAUGCGCAAGAUGGUUUUCUCAUUCUGUUCAGCCACCCGGUACUUCUAGAUCAUCACAUGAUUGGGUACAGAGGCACCCUAUUGAAACAGUCAGGAAGAAUUCAGAACAGGUAGACGCUUUAUUUUACAAGCCUUGGAGAUAUUCAUUUUCCUCUUGCUGUUACCAAGAAAAAUACGUUGAUAAACACUUGCAGAUAUUGCUGUUUAAUUGUAUGUCAGUGAGGGAUCCUCAGUUGCUUCUUCCGAACCUGAUGAAAACAUGUGCUAGUCACGGUGUCUACUUCAAGAAGGCUCUGUUUGUACCAAACACAUCAGUGAAUCACAAGGUCGGAUCGCAUUCCUUGCCUCCGACUGAUUCUCAGGUGGAUUUGUCGUGGCAGUUCGCUCUUCAAAAAGUGUGGGAAAAUUUAAUGAUGUGUAACAAAGGAGGCGAUGACAAUAGCGCAGGCACUGUUCGUGAAGAACUAACAGAUGAUAAGGAAAUCGCUGUCAAAAGUUGUGAAAAUAGUGCAGUUUUUCCAUCUCUCCCGUCAGCUAUACAAUGGCUCAGGGACAGUGUCCGGCAAAGUAAAUCUGUUCGUUUUCAGCAGGUCCUUGUAACUGGUUCAUUACAUCUUGUUGGCGAUGUGUUGAGAUUCAUCAAGAAAUGAGGCGUAGUACAAAGCUGAAGCCUCCUAUUUGCAAGUCUGUCGAACUUCAAGAUUUUCUGUAUUCGCGUGGGAAAAGCCAUGAACGGUUCUAAUUUCCCAUGGACUCCGAGGUGGUUAAGUGCCGACUGCCUCAACGUGCUUCUGCUACAUGUUGUACGUUCUCAACUGCGACAUAUUUCGCGUCGGUGUUUCUUAGCGGCUACAAUUUAAACAAGAUACCGGCUUAAAAUUUAUGCCGGCGUUUUGUUUGAGGGUGGGGCUAUUUUCCUCACCCCUGUAUCGCUAUAACAACACGACCUUGUUGAGACGUUUCAAUUCUUUGUCGACGGAUUUGUUUGUAUGAAAGACAAUAAUAUCUGCAAUUUCAGUCAUGCUUUUCAGAAAAUCAAA